AUGGAGCAGCCAAAAUUUGAGUUGGGGUCCGACGCGGUACAACAACACCGGGCGGAUAGAGAAGCCUUGCGAUCCUUUCCGUUUCUGACUCACUAUCCUGAACUUACCCUCGACAAAUGGGCUAAGCGAUUCGGUGACUUAUACUCUGUCUGGCUUGGUCAACAACUUGUUGUCGUGAUUUCCAGUCCAGAUGUUGCCAAAGAUCUCAUGGUGACAAGGGGCGCAAUCUGCUCCUCGCGCAAAGACAUGUACAUCAAGAGCCAAUGUGUGUUUGCCGGGCGGGGAAUCACGGUCACGCCGUACAACGAUAUGUGGCGGAAACACCGUCGUAUCGCAAGUGCCUGGCUGCACCAGAAGGCGGUUGACAAGUUCAGUUCUGCCUUUGACAGAGAGGCUACUGACAUGGCCAACUGCCUCCUGGAAGCAAGUCAUGGUGGCUGCUCUCUCGUCAAUCCCCAGCCAUUUGCUGGCCGGUGCUCCCUCAAUGAUAUGUUGACAAUCGUGUUUGGUGCAAGGACAGCUUCGGUGCAAGAUCCGCUCGUGUCGACGGCACUGCGACUUGCCCGCGAGUUCAUCCAAAAGUUACACCACCUGGUCAAGACGUACGGGGACAUGAUUGAAAGCAUCCAUCGGCGUUGGAGCCGCGGACAGGAGGCUCCGGAUUGUCUCGCUACAGCCCUGCUUACCAUGCGCGAGGAAGAAGAGCUGGAUGAUUUGGACAUGGUCAUGAUGGCCUCGGCCUUUAUGAUUGGUGGUGUGGAGAGUCUGGGAACUCCGCACGUGGCUUCCGAGGACUUUGUUUACAACGGACAGUUGAUCCCAAAGGACACGGUUCUGGUCCUAAACACAUGGACUAUACACCACGACGAGGGUCGUUUUCCGGAACCGGAGCAGUUUAAUCCCGAUCACUACGUCAACGACAGCCUUUCGUCUGCACAGAGCUCGAAAUUGAGCGACGCCGACCAGCGCGACCACUGGAUGUUUGGUGCUGGGCGGCGUAUCUGCCCAGCUAUCUUGGUCGCCGAGCGCGAGAUCUUCCUGGCCAUCUCGCGCAUCCUGUGGUCUUUCACCAUGGAAGCUGAGCCUGGACACCCUGUUGACCUGAAGGAAUACGAUGGCCUUUCGGGCCGGUCACCCCUGCAAGAUUCGCUUGAGGGUUAG